AUGUACAUGUUGGUCGAGGACUUCAUUCUGGUGACGCACGAGUCCAGCUCGGCAUCGGAGAGCGAUGCGGAGCCGAAAUAUCUUGGCGACAUCAAUGACUACGUGGACAGCAUCGCAGGAGAGCUCUGGCCAGUGAACAAGAAAAUCCACGACAAUCCUGAACUGGGCUUUGAAGAAUUCAUAGCUCAUAAGACUCUGACGGAGUUCUACAAGCGCCGGCCAGAAUGGAAAGUGACGCCCUCGGCGUACGGGAUGGAGACGGCGUGGGUUGCGGAGUACGACAGCGGAAAAAAGGGUCCUGUCAUAUCUUUCAAUGUCGAAAUGGAUGCCCUUGACGGCAUUGGUCAUGCAUGUGGGCACAAUUUGAUCAUGACGGCCUCCGUGACAGGGAGCUUGGCAACAGCUGAGAUAAUCACCCAAUAUGACCUGGGAGGGAAGGUUGUUGUGUUUGGAACUCCGGCAGAAGAAGGUGGCGGCGGCAAAAUCAAGCUUCUUGAAGCCGGUGCAUACAAAGACUACAACGUGGACAUCAACUUGAUAUCGCAUCCCGGUAUCGUGGGCGAGAAUGCCUUGGUCCGCACAUCAUCAUACACAUCCUUCACGGUAGAAUACUUCGGCCGCGAGGCCCAUGCGGCAGCAAAUCCAUGGCUGGGCAUCAAUGCCCUCGACGCCAUGGUAACCGCAUACAACGCCCUCUCGGUUCUACGCCAGCAGACCAUGCCUGGCGAUGUUAUACAAGGAUGCAUCACCAACGGGGGAGUGCGGCCCAACAUCAUCCACGCUUACACCUCUAGCAAUUGGGUGGUAAGAGCGAACACUCGAGCAAGGCUGGAUGAGUUGCUGGUCAAGGUUAUGGCUUGUUUCGAGGCUGCCGCAUCUGCAACUGGCGCAACUUUCAAGACGACAUCCACUGGUUCAUAUAAAGACCACGUCCCUAACCGCGUUCUCGGCGUGUCAUACACUAAGUACUUCAACGCGCUUUCUCCGCCAAGCUUGAUUCCCCUGGAUCAAGACGUCGACGAAAUCAAGGGCAGGACUAUGGCCAGUACAGAUCAGGGCGACAUAAGCUACGCCAUGCCUAGCCUCAGUCCGUCGUUCUCGGUGCCGCCGGGGCCCGGUGGAAGUGGUCCUCACAAUCCCGGGUUUGCUGAAACUGCGGGCACAAAGGUUGCUUUUGAGCGUGCACUUAGAGUUGGCAAGGCUUUGGCAGGAGUUGCGCUGGAUGUGCUGACAACGGAUGGGCUGUUGUCGGAGAUCAAGAAGGAGUGGACCAGGGAGAUCGGCAGCUCGUGA